UGCUCCUAGUUGAUAAGGUGAGUCCUUGAGAGCUGGCGAGACACUAGGUGACCAGCUCUGGUUCUCUGCGCUCCCGAGGAUGAAGGUCGCUCUCAUAGCUCUCUCUCUGGCCGCGGCCGGCUGCUACGCCCAACGCAGCGACGUUGAUCUUCCAGAAGAGGCGCUGGGAUGCAGUGAGGGGUUCACCAGCAUCGCUGGGAACUGCUACAGGUUCUACCAGGAGGCGGAGUCUUGGAGUGACGCCCAGGCCUUCUGCAGCCUCGGCGGGGCUAAGCUGGCUUCAGUUCUUAACGUUGAUGAGUACAAAGGUCUUCUGACUCACAUAAACAACAACUUUCCCGGGACCUAUUGGACUUCAGGAAGUGUAGUGCUUGGGCAAUGGAUCUGGACAGCUACAGGCGACCCCAUGGCUGGGCAGUGGUGGGGCAGGAACCCAGGCAACAGGCCCGGCCAGUGCGCUUACUUCUGCUCCAACACUCUCAAGUACUGGAAUAAGGAUUGCAGUAGGUCCCUACGGUUCAUCUGCCAGAAGCCCGAAGAGUACCUUGUCCGACGUCCUGUCGCCCAGUAAAACAGUAUGGGAAGAGAUCCCCGGUGUCUGCGAGGAGCGAAUUUUAGAUCUUGUGCUCCUAGCAGUUAUACCUGGUUAAUAUAACAGUGCGGGUGGUGGUGCAGAAUCUUCCAGAAUCUCCCAGAAUCUUCCAGGAUCUUCAGAAGGCAGAAUCUUUUGGUGCUGGUGCUCGUGGGUGUGUGUUUGUGGUAUUAUAUAAGAGCCGGGACUUCUUCAUCAAGGGUCCUUACCAGGCAUUAUUUUCCUCAUGGAAAGAUCUUCCCAAGGUAGGAUCUUCCUCAGGUAGGAUCCUCCCAAGGCAGGAGCCCUCAGACAAGAUCUUUCUCAGUUAGGAUCUUCCUCAGGCAGAAUCUUUCUCAGGCAGAAUCUUCCUCAGGCAGAAUCUUUCUCAGGCAGAAUCUUCCUCAGGCAGAAUCUUCCUCAGGCAGAAUCUUUCUCAGGCAGAAUCUUCCUCAGGCAGAAUCUUUCUCAGGCAGAAUCUUUCUCAGGCAGAAUCUUCCUCAGGCAGAAUCUUUCUCAGGCAGGAUCUUCCUCAGGCAGAAUCUUUCUCAGGCAGGAUCUUCCUCAGUUAGGAUCUUCCUCAGGCAGAAUCUUUCUCAGGCAGAAUCUUCCUCAGGCAGGAUCUUCCUCAGGCAAAAUCUUUCUCAGGCAGGAUCUUCCUCAGGCAGGAUCUUCCUCAGGCAGAAUCUUUCUCAGGCAGGAUCUUCCUCAGUUAGGAUCUUCCUCAGGCAGAAUCUUUCUCAGGCAGAAUCUUCCUCAGGCAGGAUCUUCCUCAGGCAGAAUCUUUCUCAGGCAGAAUCUUCCUCAGGCAGAAUCUUCCUCAGGCAGGAUCUUCCUCAGGCAGAAUCUUUCUCAGGCAGGAUCUUCCUCAGGCAGGAUCUUCCUCAGGCAGGAUCUUCCUCAGGCAGGAUCUUCCUCAGGCAGAAUCUUCCUCAGGCAGGAUCUUCCUCAUGCAGAAUCUUCCUCAGGCAGGAUCUUCCCCAGGUUCUCGUCAAAGUCAAAACCUUUAUUCUUAAAUGGCUGUGCAUUUAUUACUGACUUAGUUCAAGGGCGUUAUUCAUUUAUACAAUGUUUGGAUAAUAAUUUGACCUUGACACUGACCAUAAUAAUUACUUAAUUAUAACUUAUAUGCAGUAGUCCAAUCUACACUAUUUCAUGUACAUUAUUCAUCUACACAAGGAAAGGUAUUAAUAAUACCCUAAAUUUUGCUCAUUCGAAUUAUAAAUUAUAUGUUAUAGACUACAAACAGCAAAGCAAAUUAUAACUAUGCUGAAUGAAUUUCAUAAAUUGUAAUUAAAAAAAAUCAUAGACAGGAGACAGUAUAUAAAGGAGAAGAUAAUUAGGAAAUACACAAUUUGAAACAUGACUUAAUUUAACUAAAUAUAUCAGACAAUGUAUAUAUAUUUGCACAGCCUCUGCAUUUAACAUUGAAAUUAAAAUUGAAAUAAGUUUAUUGAGAUAAAAUACACUCAUUUUACAUCAUCCACAGAUUAAUAGGAUAUCCUAGAUCAAACUGUUGUUAUAUGU